GAGGUGGGAUUUUAGGCACCCUUCAACUCGCUGUUCCUGCCGAUCACCCUGAUUCUAACUUUGAACUUUCUCUUUUCUUUCCUUUCCGGAAUCUCAGCCACCAAAUCUCUCCUGACACUUGCUCACGACUCCGCGCAAACUGGGUGCAUAGCGGAGCGAGAGUGGAAAAGAAAAAAAACACCCUCUCCAUUUCACGGAUGACCAAUCUUACGGUCGCCAGCUCUAGGUUGACCUUGGGCGUUGAGUGUACGGGUACGGGCACGAUCGCCACCCAGACGCCUCGGAAGCUUACAAGAAAGCUGUUCCGAGCCCGAAUACACUAUCCGAUAAACACGAGGACGUAGAAAUCGGGACAAUGCCGACUUUGGGGACGAAGCUCGGGCCCGCGGCUUCGGCCCCGAACACUGAGACAUCGCCACUCCUCGAACCCGAGCCCUCGUCCAAUGCCGGAGCACCGAGCCGAAACGACCGCACCACAACAUCCCAAGAUGCGUUCCCCGGCGUCGCACAACUCGAUGCCGCAGCAGGGAAGCUUAGCAACACGGAACGCGUUUGGCUCUUUGUCGGGAUUUUCCUGGUCGGCUGCGCCUACGGCCUGGACAGUCAGGUCCGAUCCGCAUUCCAAGCUUACGCUACUUCCAGCCUCAACCUGCAUUCGACUCAUUCGACCAUCAACCUCCUGCGCAGCGUCGUCGCCGUGGCCUCGCAGCCCACCGCAGCCAAAGUUGCCGACAUCUACGGCCGGUUCGAAACCAUUUCGGCGUCGAUUCUCUUCUAUGUUAUCGGGACAGCCCUGGAGGCCAGCGCAACCUCCGUAGAGUUAUUCUGCGUAGGCGCCAUCUUAUAUCAGAUCGGGUGGACCUGCAUCGUCCUGCUUCUCGAGGUUCUCGUUGCCGACUUCUCGUCCAUGCGCUCCCGGGUAUUCUUCAGCUACAUGCCGGCCAUUCCUUUCGUCUUCAACACGUGGAUUAGUGGGAACGUAACGGCUGCUGUACUGCGCGUAAUGUCAUGGAGAUGGGGCAUUGGAAUGUGGGCUAUCAUCCUACCUGUAUGCUCCAUUCCGCUACUUACGAGCCUAUACUUCGUCGAUCGACGUGCCCGGAAGUUAGAGGUCCACUCUGAGUCAAAGGGAGCAGCGGUUGACCUAUUUCACCAACUGGAUGCCAUUGGUCUUGCCAUUCUCGUCGCGGCCUUCUCCUUCACUCUGGCGCCUCUCACCCUGGCCGGAGGAACCGCUAGCCAUUGGAGGUCCCUCGGGAUCAUCGCCCCCCUUGCUUUUGGUCUGUCAUGCAUUCCCGCCUUCAUAUUUUGGGAAAGUCGUUAUGCCGAAGCUCCCCUCAUACCUUUCCGCCUCCUCAAGGACCGCGGAGUCUGGUCGGCUUUGGCGGUGCGAAGCCUUCUCAACUUUGCGUGGUCGACUCAAGGAAACUAUCUAUUUACCGUGCUCGUGGUAGCAUUCGAUUUCUCCAUCGAGACGGCAACCCGCAUCUUGUCAUUUUUCUCUUUUUUCGGCGUUUUCAGCGGCGUUUUGAUCGGCAUUGUCAUCUACAGUACCCGCAGACUCAAAGGCAUCAUCAUAGCAGGCGCUUGCAUUUUUACGGCAUCGUUCGGCAUCCUUAUUUUAUACCCCGGGGGCGCUACCCCCGACUCCCAAUCAGGCAUCAUUGCCGCGCAGAUAACCAUGGGCCUGGCGGGCGGCUUGUUCGCAUACCCAACUCAGGCGUCUAUCCAGGCUUCUGCUGACCGUGAGCACGUCGCUGUUAUCACCAGUCUCUACCUUUCAAUCUACAAUGUCGGUAGUGCCUUGGGGAACUGCUUGUCAGGUGCUCUUUGGACACAACUUCUCUUUCCGACGUUGCAACACAACCUUUCCUUCCAGCCCAACUCGACGUUAGCCCAGGCUGUUUACAACUCACCAUUCUCGACCAUUGAGCAUUAUCCUGUUGGCGGAGAAAUUCGAGAUGCUAUCAUCGACAGCUAUAAGGUUGUUCAGAGGCUUCUGUGCAUUGCUGGAUUGUGUAUAUGCAUACCGAUGAUCGGCUUCGCCUUUGCGUUGAGGGACCCGAAAUUAUCCGAGGAACGAGUGCAACCGGAGGCAUGUACAGAGUCUGACGACUGAAUGAUGGAUGGCAUUUCAAGCAGCUCAUGGUGUAUGCGCACUGCUCAGUCAAGUCACUUGGAGCAGUGAACAAGGACAUGAUUGCAUAUGAGAAGGCUGGCGCAACGGAAGAAGUCGGUCUAGUCUGGUGUCUGGAUUUACACGCCUGUAACUCCAUGUUUCACUUGAUGCCAUUCCCUUAUAGAAUCAACCACUAGAUCGAUAGAGUUUACCUGGGUGAAAGCACAGAGGAUACCUGAGCAAAUGAUUUGCCCACAUUGCACAACUGCUUUAGCGAGUUU